AUGGAAGCAAAUAGGAUCGUGUAUUUCUUACAUACUCUCGGACUUCUCUUGUGGUGGCUUCCAUUCCCAUGCUGUAGGUGUGGGUCGAAUGGGAGUAUCGCGUGUCCGGAGAUGUGCACUUGCGAGAGUAAUUUGACACCUAACAACACAGCUGGCGUCAUAGUUACGUGCAAUCUGACGGACACGUUGACAACUUUACCACAAAUGGAUCCAAAGGAUGCUGAGACAGUAACGGAACUAGCCAUCCAGAAUCAACCACACUUUCGGUCACUCGACGGAGAAGCUAUCCAGUUCUAUAAACAUCUGGAGGUUCUGAUUAUCACCAACACCAGCCUGAAGUAUGUGAACGAGAGCACUUUCAGCCAUACUCUGAGACUGAACACUCUGCUGAGUGGAAAUCCUCUGCCUUGCAACUGUUCUCACCAGUGGCUCCAAGUGACGAUCUUACACAUUGACACCGACAUGUUCUGCUUGGCUCAGACCCAAGACGUCUGGCGCGGAGACCUGGCUGGAGAGCGACAAUCCUGGAAUGAAAGCGGAAUUUUGACUAAUAAAACGGCAGACCGUGCCCUAUUGGCGCUGUCAGAUGUGGAUUUCAGCCACUGUAAUAAUAUCACUUUCUGUAUUGUUGGGCUGGUUCCCGCUGAUAUCAACGAGUUUGGACUACGACCUCACCCAGGAAUCAGUGGGGUCCUGAGAGGACGUAACAAGCCUGCCAAUGAGAGGGUUUACGGACACGGACAUGAUCAAUUGCCCUCCCAGUCAAAUGAGACGCACCCUGGACUGAAUAGCAGCUCUACCAACAUCACUGCAACUGAUAAAAGUUUUAUAAAUAGUUCCCAAAUCAUAGUUAUUACUUCAACAUGCGUCGCACUAUUGUUUGUCUGCGCUGUCGUUAUCUUCUGUAUUAUUCGUCGACGAAAAUCACGAGUCCUGGCGAGGGGCAGAAAUGCAAGGAGUCAAAUGUUCUCUGCCUGGAAGAGCACCCUUCAGGAGAGUGUUCCUCUUACUGGUGUUCAACUGGUGGACAAUCCAAACUACAAUGGACACGGAAGGAAAAGGGACGAAAGCUCUAGCUCUCUCAGGAAAAUAAAACUAGAGACAAUCCUCCUGAUUCGUGCCAUUGGGGAAGGAGCUUUCGGGCGAGUAUUCUUGGGCACUUGUGCUCAUUUGCUGAAGAAAGACGAGUUUACGUUUGUAGCAGUGAAGACUCUGAAAGGUGAUUGCAACGAACUGGUGAGAGCAGAUUUUGAGCGAGAGGCUGAGAUGUUGGCGACUUUACAGCAUCGGAACAUAGUCACCUUCUACGGUGUGUGUACAGAGGGCGAACAGUGGAUGAUGGUCUUCGAGUUUAUGGAACAUGGAGAUCUGAACAAAUACUUGAGAGAUCGUGACCCCGAUUCCAGAAUUCGUGUUCAUGAAAAUAACCGUGCAGAUCAACCAUUACAUACUGAUGAAUUAAUGAAGAUCAUAAUGCAGAUUGGCAAUGGCAUGGAAUAUCUGGCAUCUCAACACUUUGUUCAUCGUGAUUUGGCUACACGGAAUUGUCUGGUUGGCUCUAGCUACAUCGUCAAAAUCGGAGAUUUCGGCAUGUCACGAGAUGUCUACAGCACAGACUAUUACAGGGUAGGGGACGCUGCAGUACUUCCGGUACGAUGGCUGCCGCCUGAGAGCUUGGUGUACCGGACGUUCACGGUAGAGUCUGACGUAUGGAGUUUUGGCGUGACAGUGUGGGAGAUCUACACCUACGGCAAACAGCCGUGGUACGAGUACUCCAAUAUGCAGGUCAUUGAGCACAUUCGAAACUGCAAGCUCCUUAGCCGCCCACCGAACUGUCCCGACGUAGUGUUUGACCUGAUGCUGGGCUGCUGGAAAGCGAACCCACAGGAGAGACUCACAAUGUCACAAAUCUGCAAUAUUCUGAGAGAGGAACUGUCCAAGCAUCCUGUUUAUUUGCCAAUCAUUCCAUCGUAG